CAAAUUUGGCUAAACAGGUUGUGGAUUUGCUCUACAAUUGGAUUUGCAGUUGUGAUAACUUGGACAAUCUGUCAAGAUCACAUUCCUGCAGCCACACAGCAACUUGUGCAAUUCACAGCGCUUGGUUUCGCAAGCAACAAACCGGAGAGCAUGAUGUACAAAGCUGUCAUCCUCGCGACGGCGGCGAGCGCAUUGCAGGCGCCGGUGCCGCGGCGCGCUCCAAGGGCCGCGGCCGUCGCGGCCGUGGCGCCGGCGCCCGUCUGGGUCGCCGGUUCUAUUUUAGGAGGCGCCGCCGGGACGCCGUUCGUCGUGAACCGUGUGGAAAUCAUUUCGGGCACCCCCCACGCCAGCAACGCGACGUUGUCCCCGUAACUGCGGCAGCUCGAGGCAACCUAACUCAAUGUUUGAUUUCCACACAGGUCGUGAAAGCUACUAAUAGCUGGUACUCCGACCCCACGGUGCUCAAACUCCCGUCCUGGACGCCGCCGAACAAAGUAUUUAUGCCGGUCUGGACCGUGCUCUACGGCCUCAUCGGCCUCACGGGAUACCGGGCCGCGGUCAAUAGCGCGCUGCCCGGGCUGGCCGUCGCGCAUUACAUCGCCAACCUGGCGUGGGCGCCGCUGUUCUUCGGGCUCAAGAAGCUCAAGCUCGCGGCCGCCCUGCAGUUUGCGUUAUUAGGAUCGCUCGCGGCCGUCUGGUCGGCCUUCAAGAAGGACGCCCGGCUCCUCAUUCCCUACGCGGCGUGGCUCUCCUACGCCACCAUCCUCAACCUCGCGAUCUGCAGGCUGAACCCGUCCGGCGUCCAGACCGUCGAGGACCGGACGCCGACGGGCGUCGCGGCGCUCUACUAAGUUUAAAUUACAC